GGGGAGCCUGCCUGAGCGCCGCCGCCGCUCAGGGUCUCCCAGCCGGCAAGCAUCGCACGCGUGAGGGAUUGGGGAACGGUGCCCCCUCGGCUGCGGGCGGCAGGGAGCGUCCACAGCUCCUCUGGCCUGCCUCGAUUGGCCGAGCCAGGGCCCCCAUGUGCUCGGCGCUGUAGGCACAGCGCUACGCGGAGAGCGGCUCUGCCCUUCGGUUUGCGUAGUGAGCCUGGCAGCAGCAGCGCGCUCUGUGCCCACCCGCGCCCCCUCCCGAGCCAGGUGCCUCUGAGGCCUGUGCGGCUCAUUCCUCUCCAGCGCAAGGAGGGACAAAUGCAGAGAACAAGGGGAGCGGGGAGCUGCUGCUCCUCAUGCCGCACCGGGCCAGGUGCGAAGGGUCUGUGCAAGUGAGGCCUGAGCUACACACGGGUUUUGCAGCAUAACCCUCGGCCAGGGCUCUGGGUUUUCGUGAAAAUAGUUAUGUGGGUACAAGCCCUAGUGUAGACAAAGCUAUACCAGUAUAAUGGUACCUGAUACCGGUACAGGUUAUUCCCUUUCAUAUAUGUGACUAAGGUAUACCAAAAAGCACGUUUGUACAGAUAUAACUGUGUCCGCAGGGAGGAUUGUACUACUUCACCUAUACUGGCUUUGUUAAAGCGGAACCGCUUUCGUGUGUAGCAAGGCCUGAGUCAAAUUUGAAACAAAACUUGUAUGUGUAGGUGGGUGGGAAAUAAAAUCACACUUUUCAGAGAAGGCUGCGUGGAAGAGUCGUUGUGGGGUUCGAUGUUUGUGUCUCAAUGACUCCAAGUCAAGUGUGGCCUUUUGUACUUGUAAACUGAGUGUUGGGGUGGAUGUUUCCUACGUGCCAGUGCCAGAAACUCAUCCAAGACUGAGUCAAAUCAGACUGCAGGUUAUGGAGAUUAAAUUAUGCCUUCACAGGCAUCAGUGUAGCAUCAUUACCUUGAGUUGUCUUCCAUGGUUUUUACAUGCCCUGAGGACAGAAACUGAGCAAGCAAUGGGAAUGUGGUUAACAAUUUGUUGAUGCAGAAGCUCCCAGAAUAGAAUCUCAUUUCCCUCCCAGAGCUGUGCAGAACUAACUGAAGUAAACAGAAAUAAAAAUGUGGUUUUGAUAGAAAACGACGUGUGACUGAAUACACACAGAUCUAUAGGCCAAGGACCAAUUGGAUACAUGUGCACAGAGGACUUUCUUCCAAUGUGGGCUUUAUUGUCUUCUGCUUCUAGUCCAAGCUAGUUGUGGCAGGGAGGAAAACUGCCUUCAAGUCAGGAUCAAAUUGCAAGAGCAAUAUACAGCACUACUAACUGUUUAAUGUGCACACUUCCAUGGCCCAAUCAGUGUUACUUUGACAGCUCAUCAAUGGACUCAGAAGAUAAAGACAGAGAGGAAGAGAGUCUGCAGACAGCUUUCAAAAAGCUAAGAGUAGAUGCAGCAGGAUCUACCGCAUCCCUGUCUGUGGAUGAGGGAACAAGUCUGAGAGCACCAAUAAGAACAGCUAUGGACGGAACCAAACCUCAACCUGUCUGUGCCAAAGAGACUUGGCAUGGGUGUGUGAGGAAGCCCUCCAGGGGGUCAUCAAGAACCCAGCGUCGUAGGCGUUCCAAGUCUCCUGUCCUGCAUCCUCCCAAGUUUACCUACUGCAGUAUGAAAGCAUCUUCUGCCCGCAGCCAGUUGAAACACAAAAGCCAGCCAGACACUGCAAAGAGUACUAUCAGCUCAGACAUUUGUGUUGCAGAAGAACCAUGUACAGGGGACAAGUAUGAUUCCUGCUUUGAUGCCAAUGAUUGUAGAAGAGCCAGAAAUGAACCUUUGGGAGCUUCCACAACUGAACAGCCUUUGGAGAAUUCAAGAGAGAAUUCGGCUGCUGUUUCGUCGUCCUUUGAACCCAGCCUGGGUUCUAGACAGUCUUCAGAUUUCCAGUCAAUAUCUGUGCUUAGCGAUAGCAAGCAGUGUCCUUGCGUGGACAAGGAAUGCCAGUGCAAACGGUGGCAAGACGUGGAAGUGUACUCUUUUUCUGGCUUGCGGAAUGUCCUGUCAGAAUGUGAAAAGGCAGUGCUAGAAGUCCAUUCCCAGUCUCUGCAGAACAAAUCACCCUCUGGUAUGGCUUCAUCAGGUUCUCCCCGAUCUUGUUCUGAGCAAGCUCGAGCCUUCGUGGACGAUGUGACAAUUGAAGAUCUUUCCGGAUACAUGGAAUAUUACUUAUAUAUUCCCAAGAAAAUGUCCCACAUGGCAGAAAUGAUGUACACUUGACUACAAGGAAUCCAUGGAGAAUCAUGGGCUGGAAAUUCAGUAGUAAUGAGUGGAUGAAGUGCUUCCCUCAGAGCCAUGAGUGGGAAUUUGGCCAUUCUCAUUGCUGUGUAUUUGAUCAAAUGUUUCUUUGCACCAUACAGUGUAGUUUUUUAAUAAAGUGAAAAACAGACA